CCCUCUCUGUCACCAGACAGAGGGGGGAGUCCAAGUCCUGAAAACGGACCAUGCAUGGUGACGGCUGCUAAUGCUCCAUGAUCCAGGGCGGACUUACACCUGCAGAAGGACACGCAAAGAUGUACUAUUUCUCUCCAUGGAUCUUGUUACUUUAACCCAGGCUUUGCGGGGAUGUCCAAAGGGAUUCUUAUUGGCUGUCAAGGCAAAGUCAGUUUCCUGCCGGGUCAUCAUCGGCGUGCCCCGCAUGUCUCAAGGUGUGAGCGUUGAAAGAGUAUGAGGCCAGCAUCAAGUGCCAUCCAGAUAUAAAGUUCGGCCUGAUACGGAGUUUAUAUGGAAUCCAAGAUGGCUGAAGUCGCAGCAUCCAGUCCGAGUGGAAACAUGACCAAAGCUACUAGGUUGAAAAACCAGGUUGUCCCCGACCAGGAGCCCAAGCCACCAGUUUUUGUUCGUAAACUCCGCAAGGCCGCGGUGGGAACGGGCUGUGAUAUCUGUCUGAGGGUGUCAGUGGCAGGUUUUCCAAGACCGUCACUCACCUGGUACCACAACGACACACUCCUACCUCCUAUGAAAGACCAGGACUCAGGGGGGUUGUGGAUACGGGACUGCAGUAUGCGAGACGCUGGCUUGUACACCUGCGUGGCAGCCAAUGAGCUGGGGGAGACCAAAUGCAGUGCCAUUCUCGCCAUAAUCGAUCUUGGAGAAGACUCUGAGAACACAGAGGAUGAGACCACUGAACCCCAGAUGGAACCCAAAGGAGGGCUGGGGAGACACCAAGACAAGACCGCCUGGGGUGGACCUUUAGGCGAGGGGGAUCGUAUGACGGAAUAUAACCCCGACGCUUGUGAUCGCCGAGCCACCCUUCCAGGCUCUCAUGAUCCCAUCGUGGAACGAGAGCUCCGGACGCUGGCUUCCCGUCCUCCUGGGCCCAAUAUGGACCCCACAAACCCAUCCAGGAUUGAGAGUGAUGAAGACUCACAUGGGGUUCUCCCAUCUGCAUCCUCAAGCUCCCUUCAACCAAACCACCAGGAAGGCCCAAAUCUAGACCAGGAUGAACCUUCAAAUCAGCUUUUUAAAAACAAUAUGCCGACCAAAGUGGCUCGUGCAGGGCCCAAGUGCUCCGACAAGAUCAAAACUUUUGAGGAGCGAAGGGCGAGCGUGAAUCUGCCAGCAGUUGGAUCCAAUCCCGAGACCGAUGUUUCCGCUCAGAAACGAGCGGCCUUCAAGCAACGAGCCUCCUCGCUGGAGGACAAGAUGAGCUACUCGCAACGGGUUCAGGGCUACCAAAACAAGUUCAGUGAAGAACUGGAAAGGAUCAAAAAGCUCGCUGGCAGCGUAAGCAUAAGAAAGGCUCGUUCGAGUGAGCCGCUGGUGACAGACGAGCUAGGUCCCGUUGACCCGCAAGAGACUAAAAAGACAAACGCGAGGGAGUCGACGACAAAAGGAACACAGGAACGUAGAUCGGAAAGCUUGACUAAAGUUCCUGAAAAAGCAAAGCCUGACUCAAUGACAGACCGAGAGCAUUACUCAUCACAAGGAAGAAUGGGGAAUAUUAGAGUUGCCAUGGAGACAGCACUAGUUCACCAGUUGCCAGGGCAACUAUUGCCAACAGCCACAAAGACCACACUCACCAGAAAAUUUCCAAAUGCUUUGGUUGUCAACUCAGCGGAACGCCAAUCACCCACGCCUUCCGUCAGCCCGUUUCUCAAAAGGAGGAAAGUGGCCAUUCCCGCCAUCCUGGUGGAAGAUGAAACCAGCAAGAUUGAAUGUGAUGCAGGCCAAAUGGAGAUGAAUCAAGUGAAAAGUGGCUCUGCGGGAGAGCAAAUUGUGAGUCUCCAUGAAGACUACCUGAGUCCACGGGUGGCGGCCAUGGAACGCAUUUCUACUCCAACUAAAAGUGUCCAUUUUAAGGAGUCUCCCUCUUUCCAGGUGGAGCCAUGUGACCAAGUCGUGAUGGAGGGCCAAGAUGUUGUCAUCUCUGUAAAAGUUGCCGGGCAGCCCAAACCAAUGGUUCACUGGCUAAAGGACAAGAUCCCGGUGAAGAUGGGGGGACGCUUCUCCGUGAGGGUGACGGAGGACGGCUCCGAUGAGCUCAGGAUCAUCUCAGCACAGAGGUCGGACGCAGGGCUUUAUGUCUGCAAGCUUGUCAGUGACAGCGGAACAAAGCAGGAGGAGUGCAGAAUCGAAGUCAAAGCUGCAGCAGAGUUACAGCUGAAAAUGAUCCGAGAGGUGACAGAUCUGAAGGUGGAGGCUGGCGAGUCGGCCAUGUUUGAAUGUGACAUCAGCGGACCUUCAGACGUGGAUGUGGAUUGGCUCUCCAAUGGAAAGCUGAUCCAACCGGCGCUGCUUAAUUGUAAGAUGCAUUUUGAUGGUCGCAGAUGCCGCCUACUGCUGAAUUCAGUGCACGAAGACGACAGUGGGACAUACACUUGCAAAUUGAGCACAGCCAAAGACGAGUUGACCUCCAGCGCAAACCUAAAGGUGACCCCCUCCAAGGAGCCGUUGUUCACCCGCAAGCUGGACGUCCUCGAGGUCAUCGCGGGUCGCACGGCCCGCUUGGACUGCAAGGUGAGCGGGUCACCGGCGCCACAAGUCACCUGGAUGCACUUUGAGUCCAAAGUGGAGGAGAGCGACAAUGUGUGCAUUCUCAAUGAGGGCGGGCGUCACUCGCUUGUGAUAGCCAACGUCAGCAGUGACACAGAAGGCUUCUAUACGGCCGUGGCUCAGAACAUUCACGGGAAGGCGGAAUGCACUGCUGAGCUGUACAUCCAAGAGCACCGGGCGGCGGUCUCCUCUCACAUAUCCAAACUUGAGAAGAUGCCAUCCAUCCCAGAGGAGCCAGAGCAGCUGGAGAGUGAAGUAGUGAAGAGAACCAUGCCGGACUUUGUCAAACCUCUGUCUGACUUGGAAGUGAUCGAAGGAAAAGAGGCGGUUCUGAGCUGCAGGGUGACAGGCCUGCCUUAUCCGACCAUCACCUGGUACCACAACGGAAAGCGCAUUGAGAGCAGCGACGAGCGCAAAAUGACCCAGAACAGGGAUGUCCACACGUUGGUCAUUCAAGCAACUUGUCACGCUGAUGGCGGCGUCUACAAGGCGGUGAUCGCAAACAAACUGGGCAAAGCAGCUUGCUAUGCACAUUUAUAUGUUUCAGAUAUUGUUCCAGAUCCCCCUGAUGGGCCCCCGAUCAUAGAGGCCAUCACCGGAAAAACGAUAAGCCUCAGCUGGAAAAGAUCCAAGAAAAUAAAUCCAUCAGAUGAUUCGGGUUCCUUGUCUUAUGUGCUCCAGCAGCAACCUCUGGGCUCCAUCCAGUGGUCCACCGUAGCUUCCAACUUGAGGGAAACCAGCUACACCAUUACCAACCUUUCCAAGGGGGUCCGCUACGCUUUCAGGGUCUUGACCUCCACCGGCAAGACGCUCAGCAAACCUUCACCAUCCACAGAUUUGGUCCAGCUCCAGGACAGAGGACCUUAUUUGAGGAAAGCACCCGUGAUCAUCGACAAACCCGACAUUGUGUACGUGGUUGAGAAUCAACCCGUAAGCAUCACCGUCACCCUGAACCACGUGCACGCCACCGUCACUUGGAAAAGGAGGGGCGUGGCUUUGGUCAACAAAGCCGGAGUGUGCGACAUGAGCACGCCGGAUGAUGAUCAACACACCCUGAAGCUUCAGCGUGUCAGAGCCUUGGACAUCGGCCAGCUAGUGGUGAUGGCCAGCAACCAGUUUGGCAGCGACCUCUGCACGCUGCAGCUGGUCAUGGCAGUGCCACCAAAAUUCGAAACCAUCAUGGAGGAUGUGGACAUACGUGAGGGAGAAACCACCCGUCUCGCUGUUGUGGUCGAAGGAAAACCAGAUCCAGACAUCUUGUGGUACAAGGAUGAUGUGCUUCUCUCAGAGAGCAACUUCUUCACCUUUGUGUACGAUGACCCAGAGUAUUCUCUCGUGAUCCUUAACGCCCACACCGAGCAUUCGGGCGUCUACACCUGCACGGCCAAGAACCUGGCCGCGUCUAACUCCUGCAAGGCUGAACUGACAGUUCGCACAGAGGACAAAGAGGCCAUAGAACCAGUGGAAGAUGAAGGAACCAUUCUCAGGAAGAUGCGACGCUUAACAGACUACUAUGACCUCCACAAGGAGAUAGGCAGGGGGACCUUUUCUUACGUGAAGCGAGUGACUCAGAAGAAGGGAAAGAAGGAUUUUGCCGCCAAGUUCACAUCCGCACGUGGAAAGAGGAAAGCCCUGGCACUGCGGGAGAUGGAACUGCUGUCCGAGCUGGACCACGAGCGCAUCGUCUUCUUCCAUGAUGCCUUUGAGAAGAAGAAUUUGGUGGUGCUGAUAACAGAGUUGUGUCACGAGGAGAUGUUAGAACGAAUAUCCAGAAGAACGACAGUCACAGAGUUGGAAAUUCGUCGAUGUAUUCAGCAGGUGUUGGAAGGCCUUCGCUACCUUCAUGAGAAAGACAUCGGCCAUCUUGACAUAAAGCCAGAAAACAUUUUGAUGGCAGCUGCCAACAGUGACCAGAUCCGUAUUUGCGACUUUGGCAACGCCAUCAGGCUGGAGUCCUCCGAGGAGCACUACUCCAAGUAUGGAACGCCGGAAUACGUGGCACCAGAGAUUGUGAACCAAACGCCGGUCUCUAGAGCAACAGACAUAUGGCCGGUCGCUGUCAUUACAUAUCUCUGUCUGACAGGAGUGUCACCAUUCACCGGUGAAAAUGACAGAGCCACUCUGUUGAACAUUCGCAACUACAACGUGGCCUUCGAGGAGAACAUGUUCUCUGACCUCUGCAAAGAGGCGAAGGGGUUUGUCGUUAAGCUCUUGGUGGUGGACCGACUGAGACCAAGCGCCACCGAGUGCCUUCGUCAUCCUUGGUUCAAGUCAGAAAGUAACAAGAGCAUCUGCACGGCGAAGCUAAAGCAGGUUUUGUCUCGAAGGCGAUGGCAGCGCUCCUUAAUCAAUUAUAAAUCGAAGAUGGUGAUGCGAACAAUCCCGGAGCUACUUAACGAUGCAUCGAGCCAUGUGUCCAUUGCUGUGGCGAAACAUUUAAAAGAAGGCUCCCCGCCACCUUCAUCAUCCUCCGACUCAGAAGCAGACGUGGAUGAGCUUCCCUUCAUUCCUAUGCCGCUAUCGAUGUUCUUCUCCGGUUCCAGAGUCUCCUUGAAUGAGAUGCCCGAGGAUGAACACGUCACACGGGGGCCCAAUGAUAUUGCUGAUAGAACUAACAACAACCUUGACACAGCUGGUAUCAAAGAAGCUGGUAAAAGCGGGACACAUAAACCCCAAAACCCAGACGAAGAGAUGAUUCAACAGACGAACAGAGCUCUACUUAAAAAAGGAUUAAGUACGGAGACGGGUGAGUCUCUGACAAAAGCAAGAAGAUCCACAAUGAGGAGAGGCAGUUCUGCUGACUCGGCGUUGCUUCUUCACACUGACCAAGAACAGGGUGACGUCAACCAAACCACAGAAACGAGCGGCAAUAGCCUGAAAAAGACAGUUUCUCUUGAACUACCCAACCGUAGCCCGAGCCCUGGAAUCACAAAAAUUAGCCAGGAGGAUUACGCCUUGAAACUGGAGCUCAUGAGACAACGGCUGCUCAGAGGAGGUAGCGUGGAUAAAAAGAUGAGCGGCCUCCGAGGACCCUUAUUUGAAACGCUUGGCAUGGAAGAUGAGCGACAGACAGGGUCUUUGGAUCGCAAUCUGAGAAGAUCCCGAGCAGGGCCAUCCACGCUUACGCGAGCUGCAUCCUCUGAGAGUGCUGGACAAGACACACCAAAGACCAAAGUUUUCCAGAAAAGCGCUUCCUUCACUCAAGAAGAUUCUGAACCCAUGCCCCUUCAUCGCAGGUAUGGAGCUCCCUUAGAAAUCCCAUCUAGAGCCACUGAGGGGAAGAAGCUAAAGGAGGCAACCUCCAUGUCUGCACUAACAGAACAAACCACGACGGAGUCACCGACGGAGCGCCUCUCAUUUAGAUACCCAACAGCAGAAGUGGACCAACAGCGCAAACGCAAUAAUCAGGAAAAAAGGACCAAUAUACAAAAAGUAAAUAAAGCAGAAAAUGAGCCAAGAUCGUCCGCUCUCGUUACUCCGAUAAUUGUGAUAGAAGACGAUGCGGAAGCGCAGGACAAAAGGAAAGCCUAUUUAAAUAAAGAGAAGGUUACUGAAGAUAAAGGAACAUCACAAAACACAAAAGCAUCACCUGGAAGAUCUGACCGAGUGUCUGACAAGUUGAAAGGACAUGAGGCCAAAGGCAUCGCUCCUUCACCUCAACACCCGGCUGUGUUUGCCAAAGUGGCGACUUCCGAUCUAUCCUCUGCUUCCACUUCAAACCCGGAGAUACCCGGCGUGCCGCGCAACCCGCUACUUCGAACAGAUAUCAAAGACAUUGCCUCGGAGGAGGUCUUUGAAGCCAGAUUCAAGAAGCGGGAGUCGUCUUUGACUCGUAGCCUCAAAAAGCUAACCAGGAACAAAUCCGAGGAAAAAUCACCUACAUUGAGCCGUAAGAUUGGCGGUGGAGACGAUGAGGUGUACAGGCCAGGGCAGAGGGGGGCCCCCCUCGAAAUGGUCUCCCGAGGGCUACAAGAAAAGUCCAAAUCAGUUCAAGACUUACGGGAAGAUAAGGAAAAAGAACCUGACCUAAGCCUUAUUGGGAGGUGGUCGAUGCGGGGUAAGAGAUCGUCAGUUGAUAAAGAUGCAGAGAACUCAAAGGAAAGAAAGAAUCAGGAAAAGGCAGCCCCAAAAAGGGUUACCUGGGCAAUUGGUCGUAGUAAAUCUUUAGACACGAAUGAACAGGAAGAAAGACAAAGAGCAAAAGCUGAUGAGUCUGCGGUUUCUGCUAUGAGACGCAGGUUCGAGUCCAAAGUGGCUGGAAUAUCGGCCAAAAUAAGGAGCCAGUCCGAGGACAGGAAGGAUAAAACUACAGAGGCGAGUCAGACGAAGCAACAACCGAGGAGGCUCACAGAUUCGCCAAUCCUAGCAAUGCGCCAGAUGUUCGAGAAUAAACUCGCUGGAAAUACGACAAAAAUCCGCAGUCUCUCAGAACAAAGACAAGAUAACACAGAGGAGAAGAAGGCACCCCUGUUUUCUCGCCAUCGCCACUCACAAUCUGAAGGGCGAGGACUGAAAGGAAUGGGCAUACCCGAAAAUCAACUGGCAAAACAGGCUGGCGUGGCCGCGUCAAAGGAAUCCAUCGAAUCCUCUUCCAGUGUUCAAUCUGAGAACGACCGGCGGUCUAGAUGGGACAGGUGGGGUCUGACCAAGAGCAAAAAAGACAAAACACCUUCUCAACCUGACCUGAUUUUACCCACCCCAAAAAAGGAAGACACAUCCCUCACUCGGACGUUUGUUCGUUCCGCUUCGGAUUUCCCGCCAGUGUUCCACAUCAAACUCAAAGACCAAAUCCUACUCGAGGGGGAGCAGGUCACCCUCAGUUGUCUCCCUGCCGGAAGUCCCCUUCCUGACAUCACAUGGAUGAAAGAUCGGAAAGCUUUGUAUACAGAUGACCGAAUCAGUCUGACGUCCCAUCCGGAUGGCAGGCAGCUUCUCACGAUCCUAAAGUGCAGCCAAAGAGAUGCUGGGGUGUACGAGUGUGUGGCUACCAACCCCCUGGCCGCCAUCACCACCUCUUGUACACUGACGAUAGCGUAUGUUCCCAAACGACCCGGAACCCCUGAAGUCCCUCAGACGUAUAACAACACCGCCCUGGUGCUGUGGAAACCGUCCGACACCAAGCCCCCGUGGAGCUACACAUUAGAAAGAAAGACGGAAGGAGAUUCAACGUGGCAAACCGUUACCACCGGAGUGGUUGACUGCUACUACAACGUGACUGACUUACCGCAAGGUGACGUGUUCCGGUUUCGCGUGUUCUGUGUGAACAAGGCAGGACAGGGUCCACCUAGCAACUGUUCAGCUCCAGUCACUUUGGAUUCAGCAGCUGAAGAGGCUUCACCCGUGGUGGCUGUGGUUAAGACCACUGCCGUACCUGGAUCUCCAGCGUCUCCCUCAAGUCUCCCGAUCACAUCCACCAUGACAAAUACAACCUCCAUUGUAACAGGUCCUAAAAAGGCAACUUCACCAGUGACAUCCCUUCCUCCUGCAGUACUGCCAUUAUCCUAUCUGGUUCCAAGAACCAUAGAGACCUCUUCAUCUCCAUCGGCAAUCGCAAAUAUGCAUGAUACUCCCAAAACGAGCUCUAAACUUCCAUCGGUACCAUUUGUAGCGCCCAAGCUCCAGAGUCCAGUGAACAUUGUGUCUCCUAUGACCCAGACCCCAAGCAUUCUUGCGACACCUCCUUCAAGCCCCACCAAACCUGCCUUAGCGGUCACUUACAUCCCUACCACCGUAGCUUCUAUGGCCCCAUCUCCAAGUUCCUUCUCCCCUAAAGUGCUGCAAACAUCCAGCCUGAGCCCCAUUGGUGAAGGGGCCUGUACGCCCACCAGAAGCACACCAUCCGGUCGCGUCACACCCUCCACGGGUCUGCGCCAAGGGGUUCCACAGAAACCUUACACCUUCCUGGAAGAGAAAUCCAGAGGUCGCUUCGGCGUCAUCCGAGAGUGCCGUGAGAAUGCCACGGGCAAAAUAUACAUGGCCAAAAUCAUUUCCUACAGCCAAGAGAACAAAAAGGAAGUGCUGAAGGAGUACGAGAUCCUGAAAUCUCUGCACAAUGACAAAAUCAUGGCACUGCACGAAGCCUAUGUCACGCCACGUUACGUUGUGCUGGUGGCAGAGUACUGCACCGGCAAAGAGCUGCUGCACAGCAUCGUGGACAGAUUCCGCUACUCUGAGGACGACGUGGUUGAGUACUUGGUCCAGAUCCUGCAGGGAGUCGAGUACCUCCACAACCGCAGAGUCCUCCACUUGGACCUGAAGCCAGACAACAUCAUGGUGACAAACCUCAACACCAUCAAGAUUGUGGACUUUGGAAGCGCUCAAAGCUUCAACCCACUUAGUCUCAAGCAGCAGGAUUUGGGGGCGGUAACGCUGCAAUACAUGGCUCCUGAAAUCGUGAAAGGCGAAGUAGUGGGGCCUCCCGCAGAUGUUUGGACUGUUGGAGUUGUGACUUACAUCAUGCUCAGUGGCCAGCUGCCCUUUGAUGACAAAGAUCCUCAGCGUGUGAAAUCCAAGAUCCUGAUGGCCAAGUUUGACCCAACGAGACUCUACCCCAACGUCUCCCAAAGUGCCUUGGCCUUUGUCAAGAAGACGCUGAGCAGUUACGCUUGGGCCCGGCCAAGCACACGCGACUGCUUCUCCCAAGCCUGGCUUCAGGACACUUACAUGAUGAAGCUGAGGAGGCAGACCCUUACCUUCACCACGAGCAGACUCAAAGAGUUCUUGGUGGCGCAGCAGUGCCAACGCGCCGAGAGCACAACCAAGCACAAGGUGCUGCUGCGCAGCUACCAGAGCACACCCAAGUCCCCGUCAACCGGGCCUGCGUCGAAGUUUCCCGACUCCAAGUGAAAUUCACGAGGACAGAGUAACUCUCGGAGGGUUGCCCUUUGGGAAUGUCCCAUCACUUACGGCUCGGUUCUUCGGUACGACUCCCGAAUCGACAGCGGAAUCCAACUCGAGAAGUUAUCUACUCGACUGCACAUUUCCAGCAAUCUCUCCCAUUCUGAACCAAUUCUAAAACAACUCAGCACAAAACAUCAGCUAGUGUGUUUUCUAUUAUGCACCACCCAUGCGAUUGUAUACUUUGAGCUGCUAACUUACGUUUGCAUUCACUUCGACUUCUUACUUACAAUUUCGAUCUCGAAACCAAAAGACUUUUCCUUAAAACUGUUUACUUUUUUUCAUGUUAAUUUAUUUGCAUGCGUGUGCGAGUGUAAGCAUCUCUGAUCACUUUUUGACUCAUAAGACGGGAAAAAAGGCGUGUCUUUGUGGUUGCUGGAUAAGAAUCACACAAUUUAUGGAUCUGUUGUUGAAUAUUUAUUACAGGUAGGGCGCACACUGGUAACUUGCUGUGGUUCUUCAGUAUUACACUUAGCUUGGCGAAAUUGCGUUUGGCCAGUUAGUGCCUAGAUUGGAGGAAUCUCCAAACUGUAUUUCUUUCAAUGUAUCAGCCACUUCUAAUUCACAUGGGAUGAGUUAGUUGGACAAACGUUUAGCACCACUGUUGCAAAAAAAAAAAAGUCAGACUGACAGAAACAAUAGCAUUUAACAGUCGUGUGUGUGUGUGUUCUUCUCACAGCACUACUUUUUCUAUGAAUUUGGAAGAGUUGUAAUUGUGCCAACUUGCUGUGUUUAUAUGUGGGAUAUGUUGUUUUUCAGAGACGGUAUGUAUUAAAGUACAAUUUGCCUA